UAGCGUGAGGAGUGGGCUUUGUUAUUUAUAGGCAUGAACCGUACUUGAGUCCUGGAUUGGCUCAUUCCUGGGGGGACUUCGAGGAAGAAAGGAAGGACAAAAAAGUGUUGGGAAAAAUCAUCGUCUGAAUCUGAAUCAAGAAAGAGAAUGGAGGAAACCCUUCCUCCUGGAUUCAGAUUCCACCCCACCGAUGAGGAGCUCAUCACUUGUUAUCUUGCUCGCAAGGUCUCCGACGUCAGGUUCGCAUCGAAAGCCGUCGCCGACGUCGAUCUUAACAAGUGCGAGCCUUGGGAUCUUCCAGGCAAGGCAUCAAUGGGGGAGAAAGAAUGGUAUUUCUUCAGCUUGAGGGAUCGGAAAUACCCGACCGGACUCCGGACGAACCGAGCAACGGAAGCGGGGUAUUGGAAAACCACAGGGAAGGACAAGGAGAUAUUCCGGGGAGGCAUCUUGGUAGGGAUGAAGAAAACCCUAGUCUUUUACAAGGGAAGAGCUCCGAGGGGUGAGAAGAGCAACUGGGUCAUGCAUGAGUAUAGGCUAGAGAAUAAGCAUUCUUUUAAACCCACCAAGGAGGAAUGGGUGGUAUGUAGGGUGUUCCAGAAGACAACCGUGAAGAAGCCACAGCCGGCACUGUCCUCUGAGCAAUCUCCAGACUCGCCUAGCGACACAAACUCAGCACUUCACGACCAGUAUGGAGAUAUUGAACUAUCAAAUAGUUUAACCGGCAUGCCUAAUAACGCAUCGAACGGGUUCACCAACAUUAAUUUAGCUCAAAACUACACUAAUCAGAGUGAUAGUACUGCCUUCAACAUGCAAAGCAAUCCCCACAUGAACACGAUGACCAAUUGGCCUUCAUCGGCAAGGGAAACCAUCGCCGGCCUACCGUCUCUCUCGUGGCCCUCGAGCUUGCUGAGCUCGAAUUUAGCUGUGAAUGCCUUCCUUCUUAAGGCGCUUCAGGUGAAGAACAACGGCAGCUACAGUCAACAGCCAAGAGACCAAGCAGCAACAUUGUUAGGCACUUGUGACUACUCUAAUCAUCUUCAGCCACAGCAAGCAGCACAAGGAGCUUCUCAUCAUCAUCAUAAUCUGUUCGGAAUGAGCGAACUAACAUCUUCAGCGAGCUUUAAUGCGUCUUCGAGCUCGAAGGAUUUGGAAUUGUCGGUGCCGGAUCAUCAACAGCAGGAGCAACCAUUCAGUUGGACUCCAUUGAGUGAUGGCAUUUGAAACCUGCGAAAAUAGCUAACUUUUCAAAGAUAUUACUAUCGUGUCGAAUGGUCUCAACUGUGUAAUAGCUAUAAAAGCUUAGACCAUGUUUUGUAUGUUCAAUGUUUUACCUCGUUAUCUAGGUCAAUAUGUAUGUAAAGCUCAUAUCGCGUAGUCUGCAAAUCUCCGUGCUUUCAUCUUUUA